AUGCCGAUUGAAUCAAGAGUCUCUCUCUCUCUCUCUCUCUCUCUCUCUCUCUCUCUCUCUCUCUCUCUCUCUCUCUCUCUCUCUCUCUCUCUCUCUCUUUUCAAGUCGUAUUUUGUAACAAUAGCAUGUAUCCUUGGAACAGGCAUUUUGGGAUUACCUGUAACUCUGUAUAAUUCUGGUUUUUACCCAUUUCUUGUGGUCUUUAUAAUUGCUUUUUCUAUGCAGGCCCUAGUGAUAUUUAUUGGUGUUGAGAUACUGCAGAAAGCCUAUGCUAUUCAAGUUGAAUGUGAUAAGGAAAACCAAGAAGCACCUCAAGAUAUUGAGAAUCCGCCACAGAAUUCUUCAGAUGCAACGUCUGAAGCACAAAAUGAUAGGCAAUUUGAAAGAAAAUCACUGCAUUCUGAGGAGAUGAUGGAUGAAGACACAUGGAAUGAACUGGAAGAUCUACCAGAGAAUGAAGGUCCAGUAUUGGCAUGUCAGGUCUUACCUGCAGAACAGAAAGUUAUAAGGUCACCUGACCUUCAUCUCUUAGGGGAGAUGUUUCUGUGUUAUGGCAUUAGACAUGUUUUUGACAUCCUUUCUAUUUUCAAAAUGAUGACUAUGUUGAUUGGCUAUUCACUUGCUGGGAGUGGAGCUUACAAUGAAAUGCUUGGAAUAAAGUACAUAAAUGUAAUUCCUGUAUUCAUUUGGAGUCUUGCCUUCUUUAUAAUUUUUGCUUUCAAACUCAUCCAACCUGUCGUCUCAAUACUUGCCUUUAUUAAGGCAAGCCUUUUCACUAUGGCUGUGAUUGUAACAUUCUUCGUAAUUUCAGAAGUGGAAGAAAAUGUUAAAAAUAAUUUUAAUUAUAUCCAAGAUUCUUUUCUGAUUAGCACUGUUGCUUUAGGCGGUUGUUUCUUAGUAAUGCCAUUUUUAUUUAAAAAAAUUGAAAAUGAUGCCUCACAGAUUCAAAAAUAUCGAUUUGCAGUUGUAAUGGGUCUUGUCACUUGUACAAUUCUAAAGAUUUUGUGGUGUUGGGCUGUGCUUGAAAUUGUACCACAACACUGUACACCAAUGGUUGGAACUAACCAGUCUUCUCAAUGCAACUCAUUGGAAAGUGCAAAAGAAAAUGGAGAAAUCUCAACAGAGCCACUGACAAGAAUCAUUCGUCAUAAACUUCCAUCUUUCCUUUGGGUGGCUAUAGUUGUUGAAGUGUUUAUAAUGAUAAGCAUCACUGUCUCCUUUAUGACAAUGGGUACAGCCUUGCAUCAUAUGAUUUGUGGCAUUGUUGAAUCAGCCUGUUUUUUAUCAAAAUAUACAGAACAAUCACCCAAAAUUGUGAAUAUUGGCAAAAAAUGUGUCUCAAGUUUUCUCUCAUUAAUACUAUUUGGAAUAAUAUUUUUAAUUGAUAUGCUGAACCCAAAGGCAUUUCUUCAUGUGAUGGAGAAAUUUAUAUCUUUCGUUGCAAACAUUGUGAAUCUUUUAGUUUUUAUGAUGUUUUUGGCCACAAGAAACAAAGAAAACAACAAAGUGAAGAUUCCUCUUCCUUUACCCAACAUGGUGAUGCCUUUCAUCUUUCUUAUUCCAUUAUAUUUUGGAUUUGCCAUUGGCUAUGAUAUUUAUUUCUCAGUUAUGUCUUCCUUGCAUCAUGAAACAGACAAGUCACAUCUACCUGCACUUCAACAACAUUUAUAUCACAAUUCAUCUCUUUUGAAUGUUACUUCACCUGUUCAUGUUAAUAUAGCAUCCUAA